CUGACUCCGGCUUCAAGCGGGAUUAAUGGAUUUAAGCGCGCGCCGGACUUAGUCUAUACGAGGGCUGACCCGAUGGGAGCCAUCUACAUCAAUGGCUUGACCACCGUAUAAAUAGCUCAAUCUCUUCAACAUUUCAUCUGGAUCUCCUCUUCAUCCUCGUCAAUCAUAAGCACCAGAUACAUCGCAAUGGCCGCUCCCAACACAAAACCCUACCAUCUCCCCCCGGACGCUGUCUGGUUCAUAACCGGCUGCUCCUCCGGCAUCGGCCACGCCCUCGCCCACCACAUCGCAACAUACCACCCAACGCACCGCCUCAUCGCAACCGCCCGCAACCCCAGCACCCUAUCCACCCUCCCCAGCCACCCCAACAUCCUCAAACUCCCCCUCGACGUAACCUCCCCCACCUCCAUCGAAUCCAGCAUCCAAACCACCCUCUCCACCUUCCACCGCAUUGACAUCCUCGUCAACAACGCCGGCUACACUUUGGUGGGGGACACCGAAAUCGCCGAAGACGACGAGUCCCGGGCCCUCUUCGAUACGAAUUUCUGGGGCAUGGUGGAUACGACGAAGCGCGUGUUGGGGAGUAUGCGGGAGGGUGGGAGCGGGGGUGUCAUUCUGAAUGUGAGUUCGUUGGGCGGGUUUGUGGGGUUUCCGGGGAGUGCGUUUUAUCAUGCGAGUAAGUUUGCUAUGGAGGGGUGGACGGAGGCGGUUGCGAAGGAGUUACCUGCGGAGUGGAAUAUCCAUCUCUGCAACAUCGAGCCCGGCGGCGUCCAAACCAACUACGCGACGACGAGUCUGAAGAUGAUGGCCAAGGGGAGACAUCCGGCGUAUGCGGAUCCCACGUAUCCCACGAGUGUCUUGUUGGCAUAUAAGAGCAACGAGGAGAAUCGACGGUUGUGGGCAAAGCCGGACAAGAUCGCGGCGGCCAUUUAUCGGCUGGUGAGUCGGGGUCAACGGAUUCCGAUUCGGGUUCCGCUGGGGGCGGAUGCUCGGGGCAUGAUUUUGAUGGAGUUGGAGGGGGUGAGGAGGGAUUUGGAGGAGAUGGAGGAGUUGAGUCUGAGUGUGGGGGAUGCGGAGCAGUUGGAUUCGAUUGCGUUUUUGCAGAAAUAGUGGGGGUGGUUUGGUGUGGAGUGCAGUGUAGAUGUGUAAGAUAUGUAUGAUGUUGAUAGUACACUGCAUGAAAUUUGGGAUUGAAGUAAAAAUACAUUAUGCUUCUAUAGUUCAUGUACCUCCGUGAUAGCUUUCUUUCCCAUUGACCAGUCAUCUAGUCACCGC